UACGGCGCUCAUCGUUGACGUUAUCUCAGUUCCCUAAGCUACAUACCUUGCCCCCACACCCUAUCCGCGUCCGUUGCAUCAUGUUCGUCCGGGGCCCGCCUACCGGAUGGUCGGGUCGAAGGGUGUAGCCGCGUUGGGCUUAUUUGCAAGGAUCAUUGAUUACAUUGCAGCUUGGAAUUGCUUACCUUGCAUGAUUCUCACUCACGGUUGUAUGUCGACAUUUCUGCUAUUAUGGUAUUAUAGGCAAGAGUUGCGGGCAAAUUCUCUCUUUGGCGAGGUAGCAUACUAUGUAGGAUGCUGAGCAGGAGAUAGAGCAGAAUGUGGACCGGGGGAUUGCCACGGAAAUAGAACAACUGG